AUGGAAAAAUUCAUGCACGCAUUGCAGUUCGCUGCUUUUAAACAUCGAUUUCAAAAGCGCAAAGAUUCUGAUAGAACACCUUACAUAAAUCAUCCAAUAGGAGUCGCACAUAUCUUGAGUAACGAAGCUGGAGUUCAUGAUUUCGAUUUACUCGCUGUUGCUCUCUUACAUGAUACAAUCGAAGAUACUGAAACAACAUUUGACGAACUUGAGAAAGAAUUCGGUUCUCGUAUUGCUGGUCUGGUAAUGGAAUUAACGGACGAUAAGGAUUUAGACAAAGCUGAGCGCAAACGUUUACAAAUUGAAAACGCGAAAAAGUUAUCAGCGGAUGCUAUCGUUGUUCGUCUAGCUGAUAAAAUUUACAAUUUGCGAGAUCUGAAUCGUGCUACGCCUGUUGGUUGGUCGGAAGAACGUGUCAAGGAAUAUUUUGAAUGGUCUGCUCAAAUAGCUCGACAAAUAACCGGUUACAAUGCUCAAAUGGAUGAAAUUUUGAAAGAUUUAUUUCAUCAACGUAAUAUUCAAUUUCAAACGUGA